AUGUGCUACAAAUGCCUGGUUGAAACUCUGCUCCAGCUUGGCCUGGCUGUGGAAGGAGUGCCUGUGUUUCUUUGCAGUAAUGAGAAGGACCGGGCGAAAGCCCCCGCGAAGAAGAAAGAGGACCCGAGUGCCAUCAAGGAGCGAGAGGUCCCCCAGCAUCCCUCUUGCUUAUUCUUCCAGUAUAACACACAGUUGGGCCCCCCUUAUCAUAUCCUGGUUGACACUAACUUCAUCAACUUUUCCAUCAAGGCCAAGCUGGACCUAGUGCAGUCAAUGAUGGACUGUCUCUAUGCCAAGUGUAUUCCAUGUAUCACAGAUUGUGUGAUGGGUGAAAUUGAGAAGUUAGGACAGAAGUACCGUGUGGCAUUAAGAAUUGCCAAGGACCCUCGGUUUGAGCGCUUGCCAUGUGGGCACAAAGGAACCUAUGCAGAUGACUGCUUGGUACAGAGGGUCACUCAGCAUAAAUGUUAUAUUGUGGCUACAGUGGAUAAAGAACUCAAGCGGAGAAUACGAAAAAUCCCAGGAGUGCCUAUAAUGUAUAUUUCCAGGCACAGGUACAAUAUUGAGAGGAUGCCAGAUGAUUAUGGAGCUCCUCGAUUCUAAUCUGUCCAGCCAAGCCCUUGAUGCCAGGACCCUCAGCCAGGAUAAGGGUCCUUCUGGUUCCAACCCUCCUGCUUUCUUAUUUGCUGGGACUCUGCUUGUAGGACUAUGGGUGACAUUGAACUGACUUCAUAGACUUGUCCUUCUAAGAAAAAGCUAUUUGGAAGAGUCUGCUUUUAAUCAUCCUCGUUCUGACUUGGCCUGAUCACCUAGAGCUGGGAGAAGCAUAUGGAAAAGAGAGGAUGGUAGUGCCCACAACGUGCAUGACUCCCUCUUCAUUGGCAUCACCGGAAAAAGUUAUUUCAGUAUUCCAAAUUAAAUAUUGAUGGUGCAACUCUGGCUGAGAAUGAAACCACAGAAAUUUUAAAAGCUUAUUGCUGCACGUGCAGCAAGACAAAUAUUCCUCUGGGAAACUCCUUCACACCUGUCCCAUCAGCAAAUCAGAAGCUUAUGUUCUGUUGAAGAACUGUCAGAUCUGCAGCAGCUGGUGUGCCUUCUCUGGACCAGCAGUCUGGAAGGUUUUAAUUCGGAAUCGAUGGGCUUCUAUUCAACUGUAGAGUGAAUGAAGUUUGGUUAAGUGUCCUGCUCAGAUUCUCGUGUCUGUACUGGGUUAGCUGACAACCCAGUCCUUUUGCUUACAUGCAGAGUGGUGAAGGCAGGGCAGGGUUGGGUCAAGACAGAUCUCUCCCUUGUUUGCUUGGCACCUAUGCACCUCAAACACUUCUCCCUUUUGUUAGGUGUCAGGGAAGAGGAGGAAUAUAUCAAACUGUGACAGGAAGGCAUCAAACUGGGAAAGGUGUUAAUGUGGACUGGGAGCAGAGUCAGUGAGGGGAAAUCAGAGCAGUGGUUGUGGGCCAAGAGAGCUUCAGAGACCUGCAGUGUUUGCUGCUGGAAAGGAAGUGGUCAGAGGAAGGAAGGAAAAGAGAUGGUUAAGCCACAUGGAGAGAUACAGGGCAAAAAUAUUUCAAAGUUAUAACUCUGCAUUCUUAUAUCUUCUCCAUUACUUUUUAAUUUUUAGCAAUAUAAUUUGCUCUUCUGAUCUCUGCUUUGCAGUGAGGAGAACUGUCUUAAGACUGAGAGGUGAGAGACAAUACAAGGCUUACCAGGGGCCAGCACACUGACAUGUGCUUCCUGGCCAAAAUGCUGGAGUUGAGGUACAGUAAAGGGAGUAGUCCAAAAAUAUAUAUUGGUAUAAUAAAUAAAAUUUUCAAACUUUAGUAGAGCUCUUAUCCGAUGGUGCCUUAAACUGGUUUCACUGCAGAGAAUAGCUGAACUCAGCUGUUUGUAUGCUGGACAGCAUACCCUGACGAUAAUACCUCUCUUCUGCUAAUCAUUUCCUGUCCUCGGGAAAUGCCCUGGUGUGCUAAUAACUUUCUUGCUAGCACCCUGCCUCUACAGAUACUGCAGGUAAAUUUGGGAACACACCAGACUUACCCCUUGUACUAACUCUUUGCUUGCUACAGGCUCACCUACUAAACUCAUUGUCGAAAUAACAGCAUGCUGAUGCUUUUAAAACAUAGCCUCUUCCCAGCUAUCACAAUUGAAGUUUAUCUUUUCCACCUCCAGCUAGAAAGAGGUUAGCUAACAACCCUGAGAUUUUACACUCAGUAUAUAAUUAUAUAUUUCAAAAGUGGUGGUAUUAGUUUUCUUUCAAUCCCAGUCACAUUUCUUUAAGGUAAAUCUUUAAGUAUUGCCAUAAACACUUGAAGACUGUGUUUAGUCAAAUGAGGACUGAGAAACAGUUGUAGGAUUAAUGUGUGUAACUUGGUUUUCAUAAUAUUUCUAGUUUUGAAAGACUUCUUCAAGUACAGAGUUAACUAGAAUUGUGCAAAUAACUUCACUUGAAUUAACCUAAAGGGAAGGAGACUGGAGAAGAAAGAAACAGACAGUCAUUUGAUAGAAAUCUUUCUGGCACUGCUAAAGAGGUCAAAGGCAGAACAACACAAUGAAUUUGGGAAACACCUGCCAGCAGAAUGCCUGUUGGAGGGACUUAAUGAAAAUACACGUAUGUAGCAUCAAGUGUAGGUAGGAGUCAAAGCAAAUGUGCGCAUUUACUGAAGUCUUUUACUCCUUAAAUUAACAUUCCUUGUAAUCUGCCUUGUUUUAAUAACAAGGAGGAACCUGGAAUAGGCAUAAGGCAAUUGCUAAAAUAGUGUUAACAGGAUUGGAGAAUGAGCAGCAGGAAGAAAGUACUGGCAAUAAACAAACCCCUCAGGAAGUUUUAAUUGAGUAUAAUUGGCAAGACAGAAAAUACUUGGGUAUUAGCUCAGAGAGCCUAAUCAGAAGAGAAAAGGGACAAGAAAGGACCACCUGAGUCAUCAGCUGCUUCCCCUGCAGUCCCAGGGAACCUGUGUACCAGACACUUGCUUCAAAGGAAAAUAUUUACUCCAUGCACACCGUGGCAUCCCAUCCUCAGAUCUAACUUACAGUAUGUCAAAAAGGAGGAAAGAUCAUUAUAACAGGAAAGAGUUUGGUAAGCAAGAAUGCUUUGAUGUUCCCACGAAUGUGGAACUCUGCCAGUCCAAACCAGAAGAGAAAUUACUUCCUGACUCAACUCUGGCAGUUGGUUUAAACCUGCACAUGAGUUAAAUACCAAACAGAUGCCUGCAGUGUUUCAGUUACUCUAGGGAACCCAGCCUCCCUGCUAACACCCUGUCUCUUGCUGAAGCCAGUUUCCAUAGCUUCAGAAGGCAGAAUAAUUGGAAAAGUCACAGAAAGGUCUGAAGUUGUGGAAAGAAUGGGAGAAAAUUAUUUCUCCUUUCUGGGGGUCACCAGAAGGCCCAAGCCUGCUGCAGCGUUACCACCAGAUGAAGAAACUUAAGCUGCUGAUCUUAAUAUGCAACACUGGUUAAUUGAGGGAUAACUGAAAUGUGGUAGAUUAGCAUUUAGAAGCAGAAAGAGCAUGAGCUAUUUUAAAAAUUAACUAAAACCAGCAUGAUGAUAUACGGUAAUGUUAGAGACUGUCAGAGAAUAAGAGGGCAUAAUGUGGAUUUAACAGGGUUGCUUUAGGACAAGGUAACCUUGGGUAAAGCCAGUAUAUCAUGACUGGCAGGAGUCAACUCUACUGCUGUCCAAACCAGAUUUGGGUAUUGACAAAAGCAUCUGUCAAGUUAUUUGGAAGUUACACUUUGGCCUCUAUGAUGUAGGCUGGAAAACAAUUGUUACUGAAAAUAGUUGAGUACAUGUGUUUCUUCAUAAAGGAAGUAACAGGUUUCUUUACAGUAUUGAGUAACCACAACAAACAGCAGGAAUAUUGGGAGAGACCUGCCUGCAGGAAAUAACUGAUUUGAGUAAACUGAUCACAAGAGAAAUUUUGAGUGAGUCAAUCAGGAGGAUAAAUCAAAGGGUGAUUGCAAUGGGAAUUCCCUGUUUUAAGAGGACAGACUUUUGAAAGCUUAGUUGAUGAGUAAACUAGCCCAAAGAGCUCAGGGUUAUAAAUGUUAAGUAUGUGUACAAUGUGGAGGAGAUGGAGGCUAAAAGUGCAAAUGCUGUCUGUAAGUCAUUCACUGCAAAGGAAAUCUUAGAGGACCACCAUGCUAGACAGAAAAGGAUCAAUAAAUACCUUUAUAUGAAAGGAUACUAUAGAAAAUACAGUACUAUGGGUAUUAAAUUAGUUAAGAUAGCUUUUUUUAAAAGAUUUUAAUCUCAUAACUUGAGUUCACAUUCAUGUUGAAGCUUUUCCUGUAGAUUCAUGGUGUAUCACCUCUGGAUUCCCUGGAAUUUAACAACAAAUGAAGUCCAGCUUUUCCAGCAGAGAGGACAAAGCUUUUCUUCUACCUAAGAGUCUGCUUUUCCUGAUUUUUCUACCUGAAAAAUCUCUAUACUUUUCCUCUAACACUUGCCUUUCUUUACUGGCCAAGGAUUCUUCAUUCACUAGCCAUGAACUAGAGAUUGAACAUGACAAAAAAAUUGGUCAGGUUUUCUGUAUUUGGGAAGGAGGGACGGUGCCCUGCUGACAAAAACUAGCGACUAGGCUUUGCUGCCCAGCUAUUAAAAUUCACACAUACAAGCCCUCAUGUCUUUUCUUCUACAAUGAGAGAUAAGUAAUUUAGCCAGUUAGCAAUGAUCUGUGCACAGAAUAUACUUUUAUGUUUAACUCAUACUUCAGUGUGGAAAGAAACACAAGAAAAAAU